AUGGAAGCAAAGGUUAUCCUGCGUGGCAAUGACAUAAUGUGGGCGCUGCGGAGAAGCGGCAAGACUGUGACCUUGAGCCAUGCGAGACAACUGCUUGCCGAAGGCCCCCCACGUUUCGAGGGCCGCAUCAAGUGGUUCAGUCAGCUGCUCAAGGGCCCUGUGGUGGUGUCGGCUCUGCCAGACAGCUCAAAGUGUUCAGGCAAGGAAAAAGGCUUUGGCAAGAUCCUGCCGAGCGCACCGUCUGGCCAGCUGGAGGAGGCAUUGGGGCUUGAGUUCGUCUUCGUCCACAAGAGUCGGUUUGAAGGAGGGCCCGAGGGACCGCAUGCGCAGGCAGUCUCGGAGGGCUCGGUGGUCACAUACGAAGUGAUCACUUCUCAAGUCGAUGGGAAGCCAACAGCUUGCAACGUGCAGGUGCCCUCCAUCCUGUGCAUGUCAGUUUCCAGCUGUGAUGAGGACUCCGUACAGGAAGAGCCGGUCACGGGCAUGAAGCUGCUGCUGAGCGAGGAGGCCUUUGGAGCUCUGAAGCGGCUGCAGGAACGCCGUGCCGCCAGCUCCAGCGCGUCCUCCAGUUCCACGGAACCCUCGGCCUCCACGGACCUGCCGUCCUCACCGGAGGCGUCAGUCUUGACAGUGGAGCAGCGGCUACAUCAGCUUCGGCUCGCACUCGCUGCACCUGAGAUUCUUGAAGAGCCCGACCAUCAAGAGACGAAAAAGCAACGGAGAAGGAGAAGUGCGACGGAAGCUGUGACUAUGUCCAGCUCGAGCGGUAGCUCGCGCACAUCGGAGAGCAAGCCACAGGCACAGAGCACACUUUAUGGCCUUAUCGGUGCAGUCGGCAUUGUCGAAGGAGCUGACCUUGUCGUGCUCCCGGCCCUUGCGUCCUCCUUGCAAGCCGACCUGAACCUCUCCCAACAUGACAUAGCAUUGCUAGUACUCGUGCAGGCACUUUGCCUUGCGGUAGCAUCACCUGUGUGGGCAGCCUUGGCUGAUAGCGCGGCGGCCAAUCGAAAGACCCUGAUGGUGCUGGGGGCCUUCCUCCAGGGCCUGUUCACUUGCCUUCUCCCCGCGGCAUCGUCGCGGGUGCCUUUGCUGGUGCUUGGCGCGCUGAACUCCUUGGCCAAGGCCUCCCUGCGCCCCGCGGGCUUCGGCCUCAUCGCCGAGGUGACGCACGAGUUCCGCGGAUCAGCCUUCGGAUUGCUCUUCGGGGCACUCUACCUAGGAAUCGGUUUGGCAUUCUGCGUGAGCCCAUGGCUCGCAACGCGCCACUUUCUUGGCCUGGAGGGCUGGAGGCUCCCGGUGCUCAGCGUCGGCAUUGUGUCCAUCCUGGUGAGCUUUAUUGCAGUGCCCACAGACCGUGUUCCGUGUCAAGUGCAAGGAAUGUCGCAUGCGCCUAGUCUCUUUGGAAGUGGAAUCACCGAUAUCUUCGCCAUGCCGCCCUCUGCUGGACCCGCUCGCAUGCUCUUCAUUGGCAACUCGCUGACAUAUUGGUCGGGAGGUUUGGACAGCAUGUUCCGCAGCUGGGGCUUUGAUGCUCAUGCUGAGACGCUGCCAGGGGCCACCCUGGCUAGGCAUUGGCGAUCGGGGAACGCAAAGGCAAAAAUCCAUGAAGGAUGGGAUGUAGUUGUCCUUCAAGAUGAUCUCCCCGAGUACAAAGCUCCAGCGGAUGAAAAGCGGGAGAGAUGGCGCGUUGUCUGUGAACACUUUUUGCCAGUGUUGUCGAAAUUUCUGGAGGUGGUACGAGCAACUGACGCUGUCCCAGUUGUUUACAUGGCCCAUCCAUACGAGCGAUUGCCCAGCACUCGUUUGAGAGACAUCUGCUGGGCGCACAAAUGUGCAGAGGAGAGCCUGGGAGUUUGCGUUGCUCCUGGCGGACUGGCUCAUAGCCUGGUCGGGACGGUCGAAGAGCUGGAAGAACUGCGGGAUGCCCUGCUGGAUGACGAUCUCGAGCACCCAUCCGAAGAAGGCCUAUACCUGCAUGCCCUAACAAUUGCUGCUGCCUGCUUCGGCAGAGAGAAGCUGCGCGACCUGCAGUGGGCACCACCCGCGUUAUCGGAUGAGUGCGUGGAGAAGUUUAAGCAGCUUGCUUGUGACAGCCUUGAUGCUUGGCGCACGUAUCCAGGGCCGCCAAGCAGUGACGCGGACACGUCGGGCUUGGUUUCACUUCUGCUGCGGGAACCAACGCGUGAGCCUCCUGCAGUGGAUGAGGAACAAGGCAUCAGGGCUGAGUUCUGGCGACUACAAGGAUAUUGCAAGUUCCCAUCUUUUCUGCUCCUCUUCAUUCAAGCCUGUAUCAUGUGUAUGCCCUGGGCAUUGGGAUUCAGGCAUCUGUUCCUUAGAGCCUACGGAUUCGAAGACUGGAGACUCAAUUCACUGCCCUCACUGUGA